CGUCUGUCCAUGUUUCCUCCAGUCAGAACAAACAAGAUAUGUCUCCAUGAACGUCGGGAAAAUCUACAGCAGUUGACCGCCUGUCUAGAGAUAUUUACUCUAAAUGCACAUCAUAGACAACGUGCAACAAUUAAGAUUAGCAUGACCAAAAUUAGCAUGGAUGUGCAAAACCACAUCUACGUAUUUGAGUAACUAUAGUAUUGGAGUUUGGUUGUAUCGUUUUUUAGUUUCUAAAGGGGCAUCACCACGCUGAAGAGAUCAGAAGUUUCGGCUGGUUUGUUUUUCUAUGCGGGACUGGUCUUUCUGCAGGAAUGUCGCAGAUGGAAAGACCCACUUUUUAUCGACAGGAGGUCAACAAAACGAUAUGGGAGGUCCCGGUGCGGUACGAGAACCUGUCUCCGGUUGGUUCCGGUGCUUACGGAUCUGUAUGCUCGUCGUACGACACCAAGACUGGUCUCAAGAUCGCCGUGAAGAAGCUGUCCCGGCCGUUCCAGUCCAUCAUCCACGCCAAGAGGACCUACAGAGAGCUGAGGCUGCUGAAACACAUGAAGCACGAGAAUGUGAUUGGUCUACUGGAUGUCUUCACCCCUGCCACCUGUCUAGAGGAGUUUAAUGACGUGUACCUGGUGACCCACCUGAUGGGGGCGGACCUCAACAACAUCGUUAAGUGUCAGAAGCUGACUGACGACCAUGUCCAGUUCCUCAUCUACCAGAUUCUGCGGGGGUUAAAGUACAUUCACUCGGCAGAUAUCAUACAUAGGGACCUCAAGCCCAGUAACCUGGCUGUGAACGAGGACUGCGAACUCAAGAUCCUGGACUUUGGUUUGGCACGACACACAGACGACGAGAUGACUGGCUAUGUAGCCACACGGUGGUACCGCGCCCCGGAGAUCAUGCUCAACUGGAUGCACUACAACAUGACAGUGGAUAUCUGGUCAGUGGGCUGCAUCAUGGCAGAGCUGCUUACAGGACGGACUCUCUUCCCCGGCACCGACCAUAUAAACCAGCUGCAGCAGAUCAUGCGUCUGACCGGCACGCCUCCGGCCUCCCUCAUCAGCAGGAUGCCCAGCCACGAGGCCAGAAACUACAUUAACUCCCUUCCACAAAUGCCCAAGAGAAACUUUGCUGAUGUGUUCAUUGGUGCCAACCCGCUAGCGGUGGACCUGCUGGAGAAGAUGCUGGUUCUGGACACUGACAAGAGGAUCACAGCGGCCGAAGCUCUGGCCCACCCCUACUUCUCCCAGUACCAUGACCCGGACGACGAGCCCGAAGCCGAGCCCUACGACCAGAGCUUUGAAAGCCGCGAGCUGGAGAUAGAGGAGUGGAAAAGGUUGACCUACGAGGAAGUGAUCAGCUUCGAGCCGCAGGUGUAUGACACGGACGAGAUGGAGUCUUGAAUGAGAGGAGCCACCUCUAGACACGCCCCUCCUGCUUAAAGCUGCGUGAGGCAAUCAAUCAACUUACUGGACUUUUACACAAACAAGACAAACCAAACCAGAGAAACCAUGACAUUCAAGUGCCUGUUGGUGUUCAUGUCAGGGUGGAAGGGACCACAGCAUCUUUCUGCUCUGCUGGGAGCCUGGACACGUGUUUGAUCUACUUUGUUUUCUGAUGUGUUUUUUCACUUUCUAAGACAGCACAAAGUUCUAAGACAGCACAAAGUUCUAAGACAGCACAACGUUCUAAGACAGCGCAACGUUCUACACAAAGUACCUUAGUAAAGAACGGUACUCCAAUCUUGUUUUUUUAAACCCUCAAAAGAUCCUAGGGUUAGACCCUAACCCUAUCCAGCUCCCUGCUUGGAACAGUUAUUUAUGAUUUAUUUUCUAGUUUGGAUCUUUCUUGAGAGUUGACCUCCUUUUGAAAGAACAUUCGUUGAAAUACCCUCCGCUCUUUUCUUACCUAACUUAGGCUUGCUCAGUAGAACCGAGCAGUGUUUUCUUUAUUGCCAUUGUCUAGAAUAUUUAAAGAUACAGUAUAUAAUAUAUAUAUGGCUGUGUUCACAAAAUGAAUGAUCAUGUGCACCAAUUAUACUGGCCAUUUCUAUACAGAAUAAUAUACUUUAUAUACCCUCCCCCAGCACACAGUUUUGAAUGUCACCCCUUAGUGACAUAAAGACUUGCAGGAUGAUUCCAGAAUCCAACAAAUCCAAAUCUGUGAAUAAGUGUACAAAUCUGACUAGUAUAAGAGGAUCAAUACGUCCUAAGAUGGAGAAUGUACAUUUUGCAGGUUGUCUAUUCACUUAUUUGACCAAUUCCUUAAAUCCAUGCUUUCACUCCUCUGUAAAAG